GUGACUCAUCUCCUUCGUGGACGAUCUUCGGACGGAAAGUGGAAAGUUCUCUGUUGUGCGCAUGCGCUCCCUGGGAUUAAUGUCAAGGCACAAAAGUGGCGCUACACCGUUUCAAGCUCUACUCCGGUGGUUGCCUUAGCAAUGGACGGGGAGUCGGAACCAAACCCUGCCGUAGCAGAAGAGGCAGGGGAGCGGGUGGAGCCCAUGGAUGCCACUCCCUCCCCCGAGCAAGAAAUCACGCCCCCCUCAGAUGAGGCUGGGGAGGCGGUUUCCAUGGUUAUAGAAGAUGGUGAAACAAAAGAGGGUGGUGCGGAGGACAAUGAUGACGAUGUGGUUCUAGUAGGGGAGGAAGCCCCCCAGCCUUCUGCCUCAAACCCACCCGACAGCACGCCAAGCACAGACUGCCCAGAGCCCGACAUGUCCACCCGAACGCCUUCCAUGACCCCCGGUUCUCCCGCGUCUUCCAGCACAGCCACAUCAGCAGCCCCCAAACCUCCAACCGCCGCAGCAGCAGAGCCCAUCGUCAUCGACGAUGAGGAGGACUGCGAGCAGAAGGACGCUUCUUCCUCCUCACCAGCGCACCCUGGAGGCUCCUCCUCCUCCGCAGCACACUCGCCGGACGCACUCAGCAGCACCGAGCCGGAUUCAGAGAUCAGGAUCGCCAGCGUCACCACGCUGGGCUCCAGUAGCCAGAAGGAAAGCACCACGAUCUACUCUGUGAACACUCCGCCGCACUCAGAGGAUGACCACGCGGACAUGAACCUGAUGAUAACCUCGGUGACAUCACUGCAGGGCGGGGAGGCGGCUAUCACAUUAGAAGAGGAAAACCAGGCGGAGGAAAACGGUCUCCAGAUCAGCAGCACGUUCAGCCUGAAUCCUGACACCCCUCCUGGUAGACUGACGGCUUCCUUCAACCCCGGGCGGGGCUCAGGUCCCAUGGGCCAGCUGGUACAGAACGGAGACACGGGGACGCACAACAGAGCAGACUCGUGGAUCUCUCAGUCGGCUUCAGUCCCCAGAAACCAGAAACAGACGGGGGUCGACUCUCCUUCACCGGCCACCUCGCUGCCCAAACCUCCAGGCCAGUCUUCCUCAUCUACGUCCUCCUCAGGCUCCCAGCCGCAGCCCAGGACAGUCAAGGUGACCUGCGCUAACUGUAAAAAGCCUCUGAAGAAAGGACAAACGGCCUACCAGCGCAAAGGCUCCACACACCUGUUCUGCUCCACCACCUGUCUGUCUGCCUUCUCACACAAACCCGCCCCCAAGAAGAGCUGCACCAUGUGCAAAAAGGACAUCACGAACAUGAAGGGCACCAUCGUGGCCCAGGUGGACUCCAGCGAGUCCUUUCAGGAGUUCUGCAGCACGGGGUGUUUAGGAGCGUACGAAAACAAGCAGAACCCGCCAAAAUCAGGCCUCAAAACCAAAUGUACCGUCUGCGGGAAGCUCACAGAGGCUUUGGGGGACAUCAGGACCCAUGGGAUCCGGCAUGAAGUCAGCUUUAAGACCGUGACACACAAGAUCUGCAGCGACGCGUGCUUCAACGUUUACCGCCGAGCCAACGGCUUGAUCAUGAACUGCUGCGAGCAAUGUGGAGACUACCUACCCAGUCGAGCAUCGGCAAACCACUUCCUGUUGGUCGACGGCCAACAGAAACGCUUCUGCUGCCACAACUGCAUCAGGGAGUUCAAACAGGCCAACAGUAAACUCGCCAGCUGCACGACUUGUAAAACGCUGAUAAAGACGGGCGAGGUGCUGCACAGCAUCGGAUCGGGCGGCACCAUGGGCUCCUACUGCUCCGUCAACUGCAUGAACAAGGGCAAGCUGACCUCCAGCUCCUUCGUCAACACAGAGCCCACGUGUCACUUCUGCAAGAGGAACUCAUUACCGCAGUACCAGGCCACGCUGCCAGAGGGAAACAUCCUCAACUUCUGCAGCUCGCAGUGUGUCACCAAGUUCCAGAACGCUACUUUCCAAACGACCACAAACGGACAGACGCCGCUCUCCACCACUAACGACACCGUCCAGCUGAAAUGUAACUACUGCCGAGGAACGUUCAGCCUGAAGCCCGAAGUCCUGGACUGGGAGGAUAAGGUGUAUCAGUUCUGUAGUAAGGCAUGCUGUGAGGACUACAAGAAGCUGCACUGCAUCGUCACGUUCUGCGAGUACUGUCAAGAGGAGAAGACGCUACACGAGACGGUCAAGUUCUCUGGAGUCAAGAGACCUUUCUGCAGCGAAGGUUGUAAGCUGCUCUAUAAGCAGGAUUUUAUCAAGCGUUUGGGUCUCAAGUGUGUCAGCUGUAACCACUGUAAUCAGCUCUGUAAGAGGACUGUGACCAAGCAGCUCGGCGGCAUGACUCGGGACUUCUGCAGCGAGACCUGUGGGAAAAAAUUCCACGACUGGUACUACAAGGCGGCGAGAUGUGACUGCUGUAAGGUGCAGGGGAACCUGACGGAGUCUGUGAUGUGGAGAAUGGAGAUGAAGCAGUUCUGUGACCAGGACUGUCUACUGAAGUUCUACUGCCAGCAGAACGAGCCCAUCAUGGUCACACAGAAAGGCCCUGAAAACACAACCAUAGGAUAUGAAAUGCAGGGGGCCAAACUCGGGUUGGUGAAUCAGGGUACGGUGGCGUACUCCGGAGGAGGUUUGAUGAGAGACGUUAAGAACAAAGCUGUGCUCUGCAAGCCGCUCACCCUGACCAAGGCGACCUACUGCAAACCACACAUGCAGAGCAAACUUUUACAGACAGACGUAAACGAUGGUGUGAAGAGAGAGUAUGUUCCUGUACCCAUACCUGUGCCUGUCUUCAUCCCUGUGCCCAUGAAUAUGUAUUCCCAGCUCACGCCCACUCCAGUCUCUCUGCCUUUACCGGUUCCUGUGCCUGUGUUCUUGCCCACAACGCUGCAGGGAGCGGAGGAGAUUGUCCAGGCCAUCAACGAUCUGAAAAACAAGGAGCCCUCUGAAUCUGAGGAGGCUGACCUGAUCUCCACAGCUGAGGUGAUCUCAGAGGACCAGAAACCAGAUGUGAAGGCCGUGAAGGUGAAAGUGAAGAGAGAGCGAGGAGAGGACGAGGCCUCUGCCAGCAGCAGCUCUGCAGGAGGGAAGGAGGUUAAAAAGGAGAAGACAGAGAAGACGGAGAAGAGUAAUAAGCAGGAGAAGAGAGAAAAGAAGGACAAGAUGGAGGACAACAAGGACGAGGAGGAGGAGGAGGAUGACAACAAGGAGGAGGAGGAGGAUGACAACAAGGAGGAGGAGGACAAGAUGGAGGACAACAAGGAGGGGGAGGAGGAGGAUGACAACAGGGAGGAGGAGGAGGAGGAAGACAAGAUGGAGGACAACAAGGAGGAUGACAACAGGGAGGAGGCGGAGGAGGAGGAGGAGGAGGAGGAUGAGAAGUACGACCCUGACUUGGACCUUGAGGCAGACUUCCCUCAAGCCUCGGACCCGGCUCCAGUCCUGGAGGGAAUGGAGGAGGACUUGGGUUUCUCUCUACCUCCUGUUCUGGCGGAGGAGAAGGAGGAGUCAGCGCCUCGACCGCAGCCCAAGAGACAAGGAAACAAGAAGCAGGCGGUGGAGGAGAGCUCAGAUCUCCCCUCGUCCUCUUCGUCUGAUCCAUCAGGAAAACCCUCAGAAGGACGGUCGCUCCCUCUCAAAGCUCGAUACGGCAUCCACGCCUGGAAACGCUGGGCGAUGUCUGCUUCUGACAAAUCAACUGACACCAAAGUAAAAGACCGCUCAAAGCCAGCUCGGUCGAAAAGCAACCUGCUGUCGCUGAGUUCCAAGGAGCUGGAUGAGGCUCUGUCUCGGUUCGUCAGGGAGGUCUGCCGGCCCAACGGGGAGCGCUACUCUCCAGACAGCAUCCUCUACCUCUGUCUGGGGAUUCAGCAGCAUCUUCAUGCAAAAGGCCGGGAGGAUGACCUCUUCAGUGAUCCCUGCUAUCAGCAGUUUGGAGAGGAGCUCAACAAAGUCCUGAAGGACUGGCAGCCCAGUGUGCUUCCUGAUGGCUCGCUGUGGGGUCGAGUGGAGGAGCAGAGUCUGUGGAGCAGCCGGCAGCUCGGGGAGCAAAGUCCCGCCGCUCUGCUGCGCUCUCUGGUUUACCUGAACACCAAAUACUUCGGCCUGCGCACCGUGGAGCAGCACCUCCGCCUCUCCUUCGGCAACGUCUACGGCCCCGACACCGUCCUCCCCGACAGCAAGGAGACCACCGUCUGCAUCCGCGUGCCUUCCAUCUCUCAGGAUCACAAUGUUCAAACAGAGUCGAGGAAGAGGAAGCGUAAAUCGGAGGACGAGGAUCAAGACUUCGAACGAGACAAGGACUCAGGAGGCUCGUCGACGUGCUGCCCGGUCAAAAAGCACGAGUGUCACCUUUACGAACUCUACAGAUCAAAGUGCCCGGCAUCGCUGCGGGAGCGUCUCGAUGUCUUCUACGUUCAGCCGGAUCCGUCAUGCAGUCCCGACGACCCUCUGUGGUUCAGCUCCACGCCGCUGGAGCGACGGAUCCUGGAGAGCCUCCUCCCUCGAGUCCUCAUGGUCAGAGACAUCUAUACAGACAAACCACACCUGGAGGAGGACGAGGAAGAGGAGGAGGAAGAGGACAGGGGGGAUGCAGUUGGUGGAGAGUAGCAGCCUCAACAACAGCAGCUUUGGCUUUCACUAGAGCCUGAACAGAAGCAGUGCUCCUCCUCCUCCCCCCGUGUUAUCGUCCGGUCCUUUCUCCCCUCCUCGCCGCAUCCCCCGCCGUCUCCUCCUGGUGAGGAGCGUCCAGCACAGGGACGCUUUGAGAGUAGAGGAUGAAGACGGAGGCGAUGAAGAGCAACCAGAACUGUCGCUGAUCCGAGAGAUGUUUUUUUAUCAGAAGAGGACGACGGCAACAUUUGUGACCAAGCUGGGAAUGAAUGGAUGAGGAGUGAGCGAUGGAGGUGUAGUUUGUUCUCAUCAGAAAACGUUAAAUCAGGUAGAAACAGACUGCACAGAUAAGGAGACGAGAAGAGGAGUUUCAAAACUUUAAAAAACACUGUCAUGCUUUAACACACGACGCAGGAGCCGCAGGACGAGGAGAGGAGAGGAGGACGCUGUGUUCGCUGCCAGCUGGAAGGUCAAAAUCUCAUCUUUUAAGCAGCCCAGUGAAAACAAAGCUUCUAAAAGCGUCAGGUUCAAACUUUCAUUCAACAGAUGUACACCUUACCUUCCAUAACUCCACUUCAACGUCUUUUAAAUCAACCUGUUAGCCAAACACUGACAACAUUUCAACAUUUCUACUUUACAAACAUUUAGCUCACUGAAUUUCAGAUUUAAAAGUUUGCACAGCCCAUUUUUCCUCAGGUGGAAGUUGACCAGUUGAGUCUGUAGUUUGCAAAAAACAGUUUCAAUGCAGGUAAGAUGAAAACCCUUAAAAUGCACCAGAUAGCACAAGAACCGCAGCUCUCCAGAGAAGUCCAGUAUGCACCUUUUUCUGAUUCUGGGGAACUUUCAGCCACAUGUUCUCCGUUAUGCACCUGAAUGCAUCACGCAGGUAUAGUUACAUAGUAAUCAGUUAUCAGUUUAGUUUCAUUGAAGCCUGCAGGACAUAAAAGUUCAAUCCUGGCGUCUCUUGUUGGCUCUGCCUGAUUCGUAGGUCACAUUUGCUUCCCUUUUGAACAGGCAGAAAACGUUUCUAGUGCAUCACUGUUUUUGUUCAUAGUUUAGUUUGUGGUAUCUCUGAUAGGCGCAUAAAUUCCCUGCAUUAAAUAUGUGACAGUACAGAUGGCACAGGAAUGAUAUGCAAGGUCAGCUAACGAUCGUCCAGCUCCUAAAGAUGCUUUCAGUUUGUCGCCUCGUCUUUCUGCAGCCUCACAGAUUGAAUUUCUGCCUUCCCAUGCCGCAGCCUCCUCCUCCUCCUCCUCUCCAGCCUGCUCUCUCACACAUCCACACUCACCUGCGCUGCUUUCAUUUCGCUCUUCCUCCGUCACACUGCUCUCAGGCGAAAACCUUUGCACCACAGGAGGACCUCUCCCAGCUCACACGGGCCCGGAGUCAUGACAGUGACUCUGACGGACUUGAAAAAGGCAACCUAACCAACAUGCUGCGUUUCUUUUUAAAGACACAAAGGGGAACCUUCAUCCAUGCAAUGUAGCAUUAAGUGCGUGCGAAACCCAGAUUGGGUUGCUUUGACGUGUAAAUAUCUGACACACACAGAGGGGAGAGAACAUCCACUGAAACCUUCAUCUUGAAAGCCGCCUCCCGAGAAGCCUUUGUUUUUGUUUUUUAAAGACUGAUUAUUUAUUUCUUUUGUAUUAGUUCGACCGUGUCUUCUUCUUCUUCUUCCUCUUCUUCUUUGUCAGGUGGGAUUUUUGAUGUGUCCCGUUUCCCUCUCAGCCGUCACUCAUCGUAAACCUGCUGCAGCCCCGCGCUCUCGCACCUUGUCCGUUAGAUAGUCUGGUUUGGGGAUCCUGCUAAACGUGAAGGACGGAUGAUUCAGACUUCAGACUGUUUUCCUUCCUACUUUUAAAACAGUGUUUUUUUUUCCACCAUUGAUUUUCCGUUGAACUCGGCGUGGAUGAAGUUUAAAAUGUCAGCACUGAGUUUAUGAGUUCUGUGUUUCACUGCAAAGAAAACUGGUUCGUUAUAGAAGUUGAUGAACUUGUCUUUUUUUACUUUCAUGGACUGAAUCAUGUUCUUUGAGUUUCACCACCUUGAACCUUUUUAUGUGUCUGUGUUAAGCCCCAUCUUUUUACCUGCAUCGUUUUAGUUCAAUCUUUCACAUAAAUGUAAGGUUUGUCAUCAAGUUAACAUGCUGUUUCCUCAUCACACAUUGAAUCCAUUCAAAUAGGAAUAUAAAGCUACAUUUGACCACAAACCGAUCUAUUUUUGCUCUAAAUAUAACCCACACCCUCCUCCAGAAGCAGAGUGUGACACUUCAUGAACACAAACACGUUGUCUCUGCAGGAUCCACGUCACUUUUAUGCUGCAACAGAGCUGUUAAUGGUUACUCUCUCUGGAUCUGCAGCGCAAACAUUUCAGGAACAGAGGUGGUGGAUUUAGAUUUAAAAAAUCCAAUCCUUUAAACUUGACUGAGGACGUUUUCAAACCCGACCCCCCCCGGAUCAGAGGACUCUGUUGAACCCGGCUGAUUUUUUUCUCCUGCUGGACUCAGAGGAGACCAAACCUCUCCCCGCAGGUUGCAGGUUUGGACCUACAGUAGUCGCUGUCGCGGGCUUUAAAGCCUAAUGUGAAUGUGCCUAUCUGUAUAUACUGAAAGUGAGUGAUUGUGACUCUGAUGCUUUGUGUGGGCGGAUCUGCUGAUACGGUCGUGUUCAAUAAAUGGUUUCAUUUUCUAAA